ACACACACAUACACAUACACACACACGCGCGCGCGCACACUUGGCGCCAUUUUUUUACCUUUUUGUAAAAAACGUAAUUCUAUUCGGAUAUCACUUAUUUUGUUGUGGUUAGGCAUCUUAUUUAAUCCACGAAGCUAUAACAUAACUUUUAUAAAACAAAACUUUUCCCUACUUUAAAUAAGUGUGAAAUUAAAGCGGAAAUUUUGUAAUAUACUAUAGGAAACUGUCUUAUGACUACAUUGACUAUCUUUAUUAACUUGAAGUAACAGACAUUUGUCGACUUAUAUCACUAAAUAUAUAGAAAACGCUUAUUCUUUACUUAAAAUAUAAAAAUAUAUAUCACCUCAGAAACAUUAUUUAUUGCACUUUUGCAGUUAAAUACACGUAUAAAUUAUUACAUAUUAUAAAACAUAUAACCAUAACUAUACAAUUUAUAAAGCACAGUUUUAUUAUAUAGAAAGAGUUUGUAAGCUGCGGUAUUGUUGUAACAAACUUUGUUCCAGCAAAAGGUGUAAUAUGUAAUUAGUUCUCUAAAUUUUGGAUCUUUCUCUGGAUAAGUCAUAUGAAAUCAGAAUUAAAGAUAAAACAAUGCAUUAUGACAUUUAGGCCCAGUUUCACCAAUUUGAGUUUAAACUAAGUUUAGCAAAACUGCCGUUAAAUUUAACGCUAUAGUUAAACCAAGUUAAACUCCUGUUGCGUCCCACAACUCAUUUUUAACGAAACGUUACCUAAACCUAUAAUCUAUUCGAAGAAACUCUGCAGUAUAGAAUAUGAUUGGUCAAUUUCCAAUAUAAGGGAAAAGAUCGAAGAGACGGAAAUAUUGUUAUUGCACGUAAUAGUGAGGUUAUAAGUUGUAUGAAGUUGUGAAUAUUUCAUUAUAUUUAGUGUUAUUAAAAAUGUCCGAAAUAAAAAAAAGAGAAAGACUUCCAAACUUUUCAAAUACUGAAAAGCUCAAAGUAAUAGAAUUAAUAGAAAAAUAUAAGAACAUAAUAGAAAAUAAAAAAACGGAUAACAUUAAUUUGAAAGAAAAAGAAAAAUGUUGGCUAAAUAUAUCAAAAGAGUAUAAUAGUAUAAUAACUCAAUAUAUAGAGAUGUAGCUUCCUUAAAAAGCUGUUGGGAUAAUUUAAAAAAGAAAACACGAAAACAUUAUGCUGAAAUUAGAAAUGAAGUUUUCAAGACAGGUGGUGGAAAGAUGAACAUAAAUGAUGAUCCUAUUGCUGAAAGGAUUAAAAAUAUCAUUCAGCCAUCAAUAGAAGGUUUAACAAAUAACUUUGAUAGCGAUAACAUUACAGGCAUCGCAGAAACAAAUACAUCACAAUGCAAUGAAGAAUCAGAAGGUGAAAGCUGUUAUCAAUAUGAGAUACUCGAAGAUUCAAGCAAUUGGACUGAUUGGACACCAACAAAGUUGUGCUCUGAGAAGAGUAAAGAGUUGCAGGUUUCGGACAAUCUUGAAACUGAAGAAACUGAAGAAUUAAUAUUUGAGGAUGUUGAAAGUGUUUUCGAUAAGGAAUCUUCAAAAGAAAACAAUCCAGUAACGAAUAAGUUACCACAAUCAAAUUUAAAGUAUAAAAAAUCGAAAAAGACCAAAGCAGCUGCAAAAAAACUAAUGAAUUGGAUAUUUUGGUACAAUCCAAAGUAGAACUAAUAGAAAUAAUGAAAGAAGAAAUUAAAAAAAAGUCAGCUUUAGAAAUAAUUAUCUAUAAAACGUUGUUAGAAAAAGAACAGCUUAAUAUUAAAAUUCUGAAAAAACGGUUAAAUUCUGAUAAAGAUUAAAUAAAAUAAUUUUUUCUUUAAUUCUCAUAGUUCUAGUUUGGAUUGUGCCAAAAUAACCGAAUUGUAUCGAAAGCUGCAAUUUUUUUUUUAAUAUAAAAAAGUUUAUAUAUUCGUUGCAAUAUUUUUUUCUUUUUUUUUAUUAGAAUAUUUUAUAGCAGAGAUCACAAUAUUUGUUUUUAUGAAACCUCUGAGGAGAGUCGCUUAAUUUUAUUGUUAGUAUUAAAUUUGUGUAUGUUCCUUUUAUAUAGUUCCUAGUUUUUUAUUUUUUAAUUUCAUUUUGUUUUUUUAUAUUAGAUUUUAUUGCAGGGAUUGCAAUUAUUUAUGUUAGUGUUAAAGUUCUGAGAGUCAUAAAAUGUAAGUAUAUAAGAUUAUUUAUGUAUUCGUAGAAAUAUUCUUUUAAUUUGGUUUUUGCUUUAUUCUUUAUUUUUAAAAAAUUUUUUAUUAAAAUAUAGGAUGAAGGAAUACAAUUACAUUAUUUGUAUUAAUAUGAUAAUCUCGAUAUGAUAAAGAGAGUCGCAUCUUUGGUUUUUUUAUUCCUACUAACAUAGUUUUGUAGACUUUGUUCACUAAAUGAGAAGUCGAAGGACUUUGAUCAGCAGCAAAAUUGGUUGCUUACAUUAAACUAAAAAAAAUAAUGUGUUAUAAAACAUUAAUAUUUUAUGUAUUGAUUUUUAAAGAGUAAAUUAUAACAUAAUUUUUGCAAAUAUAAAAAAA